CGCGAACCCACGCGCCGGAGACGCGUCUCGGUAUCCCAAUAGGCUGUCCUGGGUCCUCAGACCGGAAGUCGAGGCGCCCUCUUCCGCCACCAGCCGGAAGUGUCCCUGGACUCGAGGCUAAAGGCUUCCGGUAGCUCUGCUGGGUAGCCGGGGAGUUACUAUGGCUGCCUCCUUGGCCGGGAAGAAGAUCGUGUUUGUCACCGGGAACUCCAAGAAGCUGGAGGAGGUCAUUCAGAUUCUAGGAGAUAAGUUUCCAUGCACUUUGGUGGCACAGAAAAUUGACCUGCCGGAGUACCAGGGGGAGCCAGAUGAGAUUUCCAUACAGAAGUGUCGGGAGGCAGCUCGCCAGGUAAAGGGGCCUGUACUGGUGGAGGAUACCUGUCUGUGCUUCAACGCCCUCAAAGGGCUCCCUGGCCCCUACAUAAAGUGGUUUCUGGAGAAGCUAAAGCCUGAAGGUCUCCACCAGCUCCUGGCCGGCCACGAGGACAAGUCAGCCUAUGCGCUUUGCACGUUCGCGCUGAGCACGGGGGACCCCAGUGAACCGGUGCACCUCUUCAGGGGCCGGACCUCGGGCCAGAUCGUGGUGCCCCGAGGCUCCCGGGACUUUGGCUGGGACCCCUGCUUUCAGCCUGAUGGAUACGAGCAGACGUACGCAGAGAUGCCCAAGGCUGAGAAGAAUGCCAUCUCCCACCGCUUCCGGGCCCUGCGCAAGCUGCAAGAGUACUUUGACAGCUUGACUUCUCCUGGGCCUGGACAAGGCCACUCGGGCCCAGGGUCUGGGGAGGGCUAGCCUGGAACCUCCCCCAUUAGGCGGGCACCCCUCAGGGUUCCCCCUUCCUGAGGGUGUCAAGGCAGCCUCACCAGCCCUGUCUGACUCUGCUUAGAGGAAGUUUGGGCAGAUUGACACCAUCCUCUUGCCUUCAAGGGUUCAAUGAUCUCCCUACAGCCUCCAGGCAUGGGAACCUGAAGAGACCUUGGGUGUUAAAACUGGCCUUGGCAGGAUCCAGGGUUUGAGAAAUAAUCAUGCAAACAGCCUUAGAAUGUUUUUAAAAUGCAGCAAAUAAA